AUGAUCAUUAAGAGUCAAAUUAGCAUGAUUUUAAACAAACCAACAUAUGACACCCUAAUUGUGAUUGUUUCAUCCAAAGUUGUAAUUGCUACUAAAAGUAUUGUGGAAUUAAAAUGGGAAGAAAGGCAGAUGGGUAGUUGCGCCUUUCUGUCUGAUGAAAUAAACAGUAGCACCAGUGAGAAAAAUGUAAGGGGUGAUUUUGUUGAGAAAGUCCUUGAAUAUUUAGUUUUAGAUUUUGCAGGCUUCAUGAAAAGAAGUGAAGCUCUUUUGAUACAUCCAACGACUGACGAAACAUUUGCAUGGAACCGUGGUAGUGGUGGUGCAUUCGAAGCGGGGAUUCGCUUAGGGUUCUCUCAAUAUCGUGAAUGCAAAGGUGAUCAAGGAAAUGGUUGUGGAGCUCGUAAGAAAUGCGCAACCACUGAAGUUGUUUUAUUACCUUCUUGCAGAGGCGAUGAGAGCUUUUAUGAUGUUAUUUGUACUAGAGAAGUGAAUGAAACUGGCAAAAUGAUAAAUUGUGACACUACAUGCGAAAUACGGUGUCAUCGUCAUCCAUCUGGUGGGUUCGAAUUAGCGGUCCAUCAAAUGGAAUGGAGGAUAAUUUGA